AUGAACAGCUCCACACCAUACAACUUCACACUUCUCGAUCCUUAUGAUUACAGGGACGACAACUGCAGUAGCAUGAUGGCAAUUUGGAGUUACUUGCAAUAUAACACAACAGGGGAAACCAAGUAUUAUUUGGGAUACGAUACCGAUGAAAGCGUUUAUCAGUCCAUUAUACGGGGGUUCGAAGCUAUCAAAAAUGGUUCACUGGAAGCUCCACCUAUGAACCAAAGCUUUUGGGACUGGUCUAUCAAUGACGGGGAUCUCCGCCGUAUUAUCAGCAAUAGGGGCUGGGAUGAUUGCCCUGCAGAGAUGUGCAAAGUUAUCGGUUGGGAAGGUAGCCCUGACCUUGCCGGAGUCGGUAUGCUGGCCACAUACAUAAUGCAGGCUAUCUUGAUCACAGUCUACCUUUGUGGGAUACUCACGGUCAACCUUAACCUGCGGUCGAAUCAAUCAUGGAUGUGGCCUCCACUCUCGCGUAUCCUAUGCGCAGUACUUGACACAACUCGCGAGUUCCUUUCAACCUCAGCAAUAUUCUCACUUGCUUUGUUAAUCGCUUCCGUAUGUUCAAUCACGCAAAUGGAGGCGUAUGAAAGUUCCACGACAUGGAUACUUCUGCUGGUCAUACCUCUAUACUCGGUUCUCGCAGUGUUUGUACUGCACCUUGCAGCAUGGGAACUGCUGCAACGAUACAAAGGGCGAGUAUUGGUGUUGUUGAUCAUGGAUAUCAUGGUUGUCGUUCUAGCCGCGCUCAGUUCCGUUCGUUACAACGACGGAGGAUCUGGAUGGGGGGUGAAAGAUGUUGAUCCAUCAUAUGAAGAGAGCCCUUGUUUAAAGGUCAAGUCGUUCAGGAGUAUGGCAAUCUUGUUCUGGACUGUCGCUGGAUUCUUGUGUCUCAACGUUACAGCAUAUCUUGUCGAUUUCCUUGUCUCUACGGUUUGGCGGCGACCUGGACUGUUUGAACGACUCUCUAGCAUGAUACGAUGGGCAGUCAUCGUUGCGGGCUUGUGCAUGAUGUGGUAUCUCAUCGGUUGGUUCGUAAAACUGACUCUUGACAUACGAUCUCGCGCUGGAGACAACAACGGAGACAACAAAUGGACAUUUGGGCAGGUGCUGGCGCUUUCAACAUGGUAA